CUCAAACUGAAUUGCUUCUAGGUACUUGGCAGUUAACUAUGGAUUUCAUCAUAUUUUUUUUGUUUUUUAUGUUCUUGGCGUAUUGUUUUACCUUUAAGGUAAGAUUUUUUUAAAGGGAUAUAAUUUAUUCAUAUUUAUUUAUCGAUUCUAAUAAGGACAAUUACUGUGUUUUAAGUCUAACAAAUCCCGUUAGCGCACAGUUGCUUUAGUUAGAAAAGUUUCAUAUGCUGAACAUCGACAUUUGCCAGUUUUGAUCGACUAAAAUAUUAGCAAUUUUAAAUGAUGUUUUUGUUAAACAAGUGAGUUUAUAAAUUUGCCAAGUUCAUAACAUUGAUAUCCCACCCCAUCCCAGCUUUUUAUGUUUAUUAAAGUUGUUUGUUAAAUUAAAUGCAUAGAGUAUGUUAAUUAUAUAUGAUACUAAACAUCAUAAAUAAUUAUUUAAACGAACGACAAAUAAUGUUUUGUAAAUAUUUCAUUUAUUUCCUGCAAGAAUCAUUCUUCCUCUCAUAUUUAUUAUGUUUUUUUAUGUUUAUUAAAUGUAUAGACUUAUUAUGUAUUUUUGUUAAAUGCAUAGACUUUGUAAAUUAUAAUAUAAUUACGAGAGUAAAUCUCAUGAUUAAUUAUUUACACCAAGUAUAUAAUGUUUUGUACAUGUUUUAUUUGUUUUCUCCAAGAAUAACUUUUCUUGUUACAUUUAUUCCAGUCUUUUGUUCUAUGCAUAGAUUUUAUUAAUUAUAUGAUAUGAGAGUAACAUCCAGAAUAUAUCUUUAUUUUAAUGUUAGACAGUUCUGAAAUUGUUGCCCGCACGAAAUAUUAUCGAAAAUAGCUCUCCUCGGCUGAAAUAUCGGAACGUUGACAUGCCUAUUAUAUACGAGUGUUACAUAUGUGUGUAUGUGACAGUGUUAAGUUUAUUCCCCCAACGUCGACGUGAUCCGGCUCGUCGGAAGUAUUUAUAAUAAUACAAAUAUUGUAAAUAUUUUAUUAUAUAUAUAUAUUUAUUUGGUAAAUGUUCGUGUUUAUAUGUGGUUAUAUUUUUUCUAUAUACUAUUAAUAUGUUAUUGAAAUUCUUGAAAUUAUUGAAAGUUAUCAUUGAUUUUUGAAACUGUUGUAUGAAUUAUUAAAUUAUUGUAUUAUAUUAUUGAAUUGUUGCACUAUAAACCUUGUACUGCUCAUAUUUCGACAAACGGGAGGUUCUCUCAAUUCUGGUCACCGAAUUGUGGACGAAGGAGACGCAAUGAGAAGGCGACCGAUGUGGACGGGAGCGAAGAGAGAACAGCGAGGUGUGUUUCCACCCAUAGAACAGACGAGGAUGGACGAUGACCAGGGGCGUAUGCCCAAUUAUAUCGACUGUCAGCAUCAAAUAUCGAUUGACAUCGAUCCAUCGAUGGCAAGGAACGCAUGCGCAAAUGACCGACGGCACCGUACCCGGUCUAUGCUCGAAGGAGCAGGAUCACCGUGUGGCACUCUUGUGAUGGCUGUGCUUGUCUAAGGUAUAACAGGAGUCAACUCCCGAGAAGCCGGAUCGCCGGUUGAUAAAAUACUAUCAUCCGUAGACGGUUACAGUUGAGACUGCAAAAUAAUUACCUACUAAAGGCUGACAGAGUAAAAGACCUCCCGUCGUGAAUUGUGAGUACUGUAAACUUGUACAAUUCUGCCUAAAGCAAAUGUAUAUUAUAAUAGUAUUGGAAGUUUCAUAUAGCGUUUUUUAUUUCUUUCUCAAUCAUAUCUUGUCGAUCGUCUAUAUUAUUAUAUUUUAAUAAAUUAGCGGCAUGACAGCCGCGGACCCGGCCGCGUCAGGUAAAGCCGUCAGGUGAGUAACUAAAAGAUACCGGUCGCAUGUAUAACCUGUAUAGCAGUUGUAUGUUACAUAAAUAAAAUUUAUAAUGAUGUAACAUAUCGAGAUAGAAUCCAUGGAAAUACUUCCGGCUGCACAUUUGCGUGUAUCGAAUGUUUAAUUACAUUGUAAAGUCUAUAGAUACGCUAGCGGGAGCGUAGUACUCGCGGCGCCACCAGGUGGCUAUGGGACGAUCGGCGUACUCGUACGUAAGAUGUGCGACUGCACGCAUAUAAGUCAGCCGUGGGAAUCGUUCGUCCCUUUGGGGGGAUUAUGUAUCUAUAUACAGUUACGAUAAUAAUACGACGUUUUUUUUUCAAGUGUUUCUAUGUGUCCACUGAUUGUGAGAUAGUGAUUUGUUGGAUUUCUAUAUUUUUUCAAUUUAAUUAUUUCUCACGUUGUUUCGUUAGAUUUCUACGUUCUGUCACUUUUAUAAUUCUCAGGUUCUCUUUAGCUUUUCACAUUUACGACGGUGUUUCGUUAGAUGCACAGAUUUUCUUAAUUAUUUAUGAGACUUUACCUCAUGAAUGUUUAUUGAUACCAAUAACAUGAUUUGUAAAUGUUCCAUCUGUUUCUCCGAUGAAUAAUUUCUUCUUUUAUAUUUAUCAUUGUUAUUCUUAGAUGCAUAGAUUUCGUUAUUUAUAUAUGUGAGAUUAUGCCUUAUGAAUAUUUAUUUAUACCAAUGACAUAAUGUUUUGUACAUGUUUCAUCUGUGUCCCCUAAGAAUAACUCUUCGUUUUAGAUUUAUUACGGUAUUUUGUUAGAUGUAUACAUUUUCUUAAUUAUAUAUGAGGUUAUACCUUUAUAAAAUUAAAUUAAGAAAAUUUGCCUACGAUUAGAACUACCUAUCCACAAAAUCAGUUCGCACAAAAUCACCUUUAACUAAAGCCACCUAGAGGUAAAGCAUAGUUACUUUGUUUUUAUUUUGUUGAAUUAAAACAAACUUCUAGUUAAAAUUUUUUCCAACUUCGCCCCCUUUCUCAUCCCUUUUAAUUAUUACUCCACUAAUAUUUAAUUACAAGUUAAUUGAAAUAAAUAAAAAUAACCUUCUAAUUCAUUAUUUUAAGAGAAAACCCUUAUUAUUUUUUUUUAACCAAUGCUCCAUUUAAUCACCAAUAAAAAUUCUCACGUGAAGUUGUUAGUUUUCUAAUUUUAUGCAAUAAAUGUGGUAGCGCUCGACGUUUGCAGCACCAGUGUCGUAUCAAACAGCUAUUUCUCAUGCGGCUAUAUACUUUUUGUGUACUUGGCGUCGCGACGCUACCGCGUCGCUUGAUAGUAGUUAUGGACAAACAUGUACAAGUAUGUACUUGACACUCGAUCGCACAAUAUUACAAAGUCUGAUGUAGAAGGGAAAUACACCCUCUGAUGUUCCGAAUGAAACUAAAGUUUUCUUUGCCAUCUAAAUGCGUCUGCACAAGAACAUUCUUUAUUUCGCACGAUAAAGAAAGAUAGUUUCUAAGAAAUCGAUGUCUCAGUUUAAGACAAUUGACGCAAUUGAGAUAAUUUCAAGUCCAAUUUGCUUAUAUCCAUAAAACACCGUCAUAUAUUGACCUGCUGUUAAUAAAAUAUGACUUCUUUUUUAAAAUACUUAUUCCUAUAGGGAGGGAGAAAAGCUUAUGAUUUAGUAAUUUUGAGCUUCCACACAAUUUAUGGUGUAAAGUUUUUUUAAAAACAGUAAGGAAAUGUAAAAAUUCGCGUCACAGUUCAAUCAUCCGCCGUGCGAAAUGCAUGGAAUUGAAGAGCACUAUUACAAAAUCAUUCGAAUAUUUCUGAAGACGCUUGGCAUAUGGCCUUAUCAACAAUCAUAUCUUACUCUAGUACAGAGAGUGCUGUUUACCAGUAUUCUUUCUACGUUUAUUAUUGUUCAGCAUUUUUUUCAGUUAUUAGCAUUUUUUACAAUGCGAUUCAGUACAGGUCUCCUUCUCAGAAUUUUGUCACUUGUAUUUCCCACUCUUUUAGUCAUAAUAAAAUAUUGCACGUUUGUCAUUCAGGCAGACAAAGUAAAGCAGUUGAUAGGACAGGUUGGAGAUGAUUUAAAUUUGUUACAAGACAAAUCGGAGAUUGAUAUCAUAAAAAAGUACGCUGACAGUAUAAACUUUAUAACAAUAUAUGGGAUAGUGUUCUGCCAUUUUGGCAUAUUGUGUUAUCUAACAUUACAAUUUCUACCGUUGAUACUUGAUGUUAUUGUACCGUUAAAUACAUCACGAUCAUUGAAACUUAUGGCAAUCACGGAAUAUUUUGUCAAUCGGGAGAAAUAUGCUAGCGCAAUGCUACUCCACGAAAUACUUACAGUUUAUACAGGAGUGAUGACGCUUUGUAGCACCGGUUUAACAAUUAUGACGUACAUCCUGCACGCAUGUGCGCUGUUAAAAAUCGCAAGUCAUCGAAUGAAACACGCAAUUCAGGAGGACGUGUUAGCGAUGUCUAAUCCCGUAAAGGAAUAUCUUCUGUAUCAAAAGAUUGUAGACAUAGUGUUUAUUCACCGUAGAGUCAUGCAGUUUAUUUCAUUUUCGGUGUCAAGUUUUGUGGUAUCGUUCGCUCUUUUGCUUAUAUUUGGUGUCAUCUCUUUAAGUCUCAAUCUUUUCCGCUUGCUUCAACUAAUGACAGUUACGUAUGAUAUCGGUGAAAUAUCUGUAAUUUUUCUGUUAGUAACUUUACAUAUUAACUAUAUGUUUGCUGUCAAUUAUGGUGGAGAAAUACUCCAGAAUCAUGGAAUGGAACUAUUUGAAGCAACUUAUAAUGGCCUAUGGUAUGCAGCACCCUUGCGUACGCAGAAAUUACUAUUAUUUAUAAUGCAAAAGACAACAGUGAAAGUUACUUUGAUAUGCGGCGGUAUAUUUGUUGCGUCUUUGGAAGGUUUUGUUACGCUUGUAAAUGCAGCAGUAUCUUAUUUCACAGUGAUCUAUUCUACGCGUUAAAAAAAAAACAAAUUUGAAAUAAAGAUUUAUUUGGAAUCGAAACAUAGUAUUAUCAAGUUUACACAACUGUCUAAUGUGCAUACUUUGUUGUAUUUCUUAAAUAAUUAUUAAUGCACUUAAAUAUAAUGUAUAUAAUAAAAUAUAAUUUCAGGACAAUCAUUCAAGGUAAAUAGAUAGUAAAUCGAACUAAUUUUAUUUAUUCGUUCAUAUUCAUUCAUUGUGGAUACAAUAUGUAGAGAAUUAUAUUGUUUACUUCAUAUAUUCCAAAGAUAUUCGAAUCUAAAGCUGACUAUUAUUUUAAGUACGUAGAACAAACUAUUUUAUGAAACUAUAUUCUCUGAAAACUUUAGCAUUUCCUUUUUGUAUUUUAUUUUUUUCUGGUAAAAGAGUAUAGUAAUUAUGGGUAAAUAUGUACGCACUUGACACUCGAUCGCAAUAUUACAAAGUCUGAUUUAGAGGGGAAAAUGCACCCUCUACUAAUCCAAAUAAGUUGGAAAAGUAAAGUUCUCUUUGUCAUCUAAAUCAUCUGCGGAAGAACGUUCUUUAUUUCGCGCGAUAAAGAAACAUAAGUAGUUUCUAAGAAAUCGAUGUCUCAGUUGAAAACAAUUGAGGUAAUUGAUAUAAUUUGUGAUCCAACUUGCUUAUAUUCAUAUAAUACCGUUACAUUGGCGUACUGUUAAAAUAAUAGAACUUCUUUUUUUACGGGCAUUACAUUUGUACUCCUAAUUUUAACAUUUAACUUUAUUGAUCGUGGACUCUAUACAAUUGAUGGUGCGGAGAAUAUUCUAAGGUAAAUAUUAAGAUUAGGGACGACCUCACUGAUUUCAAUCACUUGACAUAUAUUGUCAAGGACAUGGCCCUGACUAACUUCUAAAUGUUUUAGGCGUCACUUAUUAUUUAUUAAAAAGUUAUUAAUAAAUUAAGGUCAUAAAGUCAGUCCUAAUCUUAACAUUUACCUAUUUUAACAGAAUGUGAAAAUAUAAAAAUUUACAUCAUAUUUUUCGAUAGUACACCGUAUGAUGUGCAUGCGAUUGAAGAAUUUAAUCAUUCGUAUUUUUUAAUUUUUUUGUAAGAGUAAAAUAUUGCACUUUUGUCUGACAGUCAAUAUAAGUAACAAAACUUUAUGCUCAUUCUUUUAUUAAUGCAAUGAGAAAGAUAAAAA